UUUCAUUCCCCAUUUCUCUGUUUCCCUUGGACAAACUCACACAGGAACAAAAAAACUAGAAAAAGGGCAUAGGCAAAACACAAAGAAUCAUAAUAUCUACCCUUGGCGAAGGUUUCGCUUUUUUUUUCUCUCCAGUUCUGAUCUGGGGUUUCUUUUUUUCUUUUUUGAGUAAUUCUUGCAACAGCUUUCAGUGACUAUAAAAAUCCAAAAUUUUGAUGGGCCGUUGGAUAGCUUGAUUCAAAGGUAAUUGAAGGCUUAGUUAUCCAAUUAAGUUUGAUUUUUUCUUUCUUUUGAUGCCAUCUGGGUUAGGUUAGUUUGAUCUCGAAGUUGACUCCAGUUCUUGAUAUUUUACCCAAUGGAUUGGUUUUCUCAGAUUUCUGAAUUGUUGCCAAGGAACCCUGAUGCACAAAGUAUAAGAUUCCUAGAGGUUGGGAUUUCUUCAAGGCAUUUGAUUACUUGGAUUAUUUUAUCUGUGUGGUAAGAAACUUAAGUUUGGCUAUAGUUGAAUCUACAAGCUUGAUUUGAGAGAUCCAUGAUACGUUGCUUCAGGAUUUGGUUGCGGUUUGGAACCUUUUUCCCUGAGAAUUUUACAAAAAAUAUUGUUUUUUAGAACUUUAAACUUGAAAGGGUUUGUUCGAGAUCUUUAAUUUAUGGUCGGGAAAGGAAUAUGGCAGCGGAUAUGGAUUUUACACCUCCAUGUGGAAUCAUAGAAGAUAGUUAUAGUAAGGAUAAUGCAUCAGAUAUGGAAAAUGAGGAUUUGGAUUAUGUGAAACGAGUCUCCCUUGGUAAACCUCCCCGCCACCUCUCAGUUGUGCGCAAUUCCAUGGGGUCGGCGAAGUUGAUUGCUGAGGUUAAUUUGGAAUUGGAUAUUGGUAUUAGAGUCCACAAGUCAUCUUCUGAUGAAAAGAACGAGUUUUUGCCCAUAUUACGAUCAGGAAGUUGUGCUGAAACGGGACCCAAACAGUGUAUGGAGGAUGAACACAUUUGCAUAGAUGAUCUUAUUGGACAUUUGGGGACAACUGGAGAGGUUCCUUCUCCUGGAGCUUUCUAUGGGGUUUUCGAUGGUCACGGAGGAAUAGAUGCAGCCUUAUUUAUCAGGAAAAAUAUCCUUAAAUUCAUAGUUGAAGACUUGCAUUUUCCAAUUUGUGUGGAGAAGGCAAUCAAGAGUGCUUUUCUAAGAGCUGAUUAUUCAUUUGCAGAUGCUAGUUCUCUUGAUAUAUCCUCUGGCACCACUGCAUUAAUUGCGUUUAUUUUCGGAAGGACCUUGAUAAUUGCAAAUGCGGGGGAUUGUCGAGCUGUGUUGGGAAGGCGAGGUAGAGCGAUAGAAAUGUCCAAGGACCACAAACCUAAUUGCACAUCUGAAAGACUAAGAAUUGAGAAGCUUGGCGGAGUAAUUUAUGAUGGCUACCUCAAUGGUCAAUUAUCUGUGGCACGAGCACUCGGAGAUUGGCACAUGAAGGGGCCAAAAGGAUCUGCCUAUCCUUUAAGUGCAGAACCGGAGUUGCAGGAGACAGAGUUAAGCGAGGAGGAUGAAUUCUUGAUAAUGGGAUGUGAUGGGCUGUGGGAUGUCAUGAGCAGCCAGUGUGCUGUGACUAUGGCAAGGAAGGAGCUGAUGUUUCAUAAUGAUCCCGAAAGAUGUUCAAGAGAGCUCGUCAGGGAGGCACUGAAGCGCAACACGUGCGAUAAUCUAACGGUAAUUGUGGUUUGCUUCUCCUCUGACCCUCCACCUCGAAUAGAAAUACCACAAUUCUGUGUUCGGAGGAGCAUAUCAGUGGAAGGGUUGAAUUUUCUAAAGGGCGUGCUGGAUGGCAAUGGAUGAAACAAGUCGAUAUACGAAAGAGGUGGAGGCUGCAGGCUAACAUCCGUCCACGUUAAAGGACAUGCUUAUGAUGUAGCAUGUGACUUUUAUGAGUUAUUAAAUGCUGUACAUCUGAGAUAACUUGGCAGGAUUCGAUGUCGGACCUUUAUUUGGUUUCUCUGUUCCUUCAUCAUCUGCUUGCUUCCGCCUUGAGACAUA